CUGAUAAGACAGCAGGUGGAUCUGAACAGCCACCAAAGUUAAUAACCUGCUAAACCAGGGACAGGAAGGGCAGUAACAAUUAUACAGAAUACAUUUUCAUUGAAAGAAUAUUUCUCCUUUGAUACUUCAAAAAUGAAAAUUGAUAUUCAUAGCCACAUUCUGCCUAAGGAAUGGCCUGACCUAAAAAAGAGAUAUGGAUAUGGUGGAUGGGUACAGCUGGAUCAUCACUGCAAGGGACAGGCAAAGAUGAUGAAGGAUGGAAAGGUUUUUAGAGUUAUUCAAGAGAACUGCUGGGAUCCAGAAGUACGGAUUAAAGAGAUGGACCUCUCAGGAGUCACAGUCCAAGUCCUUUCCACAGUCCCUGUAAUGUUCAGCUACUGGGCCAAACCUCAGGAUACUUUAGAUCUAGCCCAGAUAUUAAAUGAUGACUUAGCUGCUACAGUAAAAAAGUACCCCAAGAGGUUUAUCGGCUUGGGUACGUUACCUUUGCAAGCUCCAGACCUGGCUGUGAAGGAAAUGCAUCGCUGCGUGAAUGAACUUGGGUUUCCCGGAGUACAAAUAGGAUCUCAUGUCAAUGAAUGGGACCUGAAUGCACCAGAACUGUACGAUAUUUAUGCUGCUGCCGAAAAAUUAAAUUGCAGUCUCUUUGUACAUCCCUGGGACAUGCAGAUAGACGGAAGAAUGUCCAAAUACUGGUUUCCCUGGCUAAUAGGCAUGCCAGCAGAAACAACCAUAGCCAUUUGCUCCAUGAUCAUGGGAGGAAUUUUUGAAAAAUUUCCUAAACUGAAAGUUUGCUUUGCACACGGAGGUGGAGCUUUUCCAUACACAGUGGGGCGAAUCUCCCAUGGAUUCAACAUGCGCCCUGACUUGUGUGCAGUGGAUAAUAAGGUGGAUCCAAGAAAAUACCUUGGUUCGUUUUACACGGACUCUCUUGUCCAUGAUCGUGGUGCACUAAAGCUGCUGACAAGUGUAAUAGGAGAGGACAAAGUUAUUUUGGGGACGGAUUACCCUUUUCCACUUGGGGAACUGGAACCUGGAAAAUUAAUUGAUUCAAUGGAUGACUUUGACAAUAAAUUGAAGCAGAGUACCUGACUUGCUGGAGCCAUCAGUCUGGAGGGACACCAGGUAUCACUGGACAGCUUUAAUUCCACCUUUUUGGCACCGAAUUCCUGAGAAGUACUACCUGUAGAAGUUAGUUAUUGCUUAUAGAGGUGUGAUUAUCAUAUGCACCAUACUCUGGAGAUGCAGGAAUUGCUGUGGGAUUCUUAAGUGUUCCUGCACUGAAGAGAGACAUGCUUUGCCUAGAUGUUUGCUACUGUCGGUACCAGGAACAGAAUUACAGGUGCAUCAUGCCUUUCACAAGCUUGACUUUUUCUUGCAGAAUGAUUGUAGUGACUUCAAAUACAUUAGAGCUUCCCACCUUCUCCCUGCAGCCUCUAUUCACAGCUUUUUGCUCUGUCCAACACAACAAUCAAUUAGGAUUUCCAGACAUUUUAGCCCUUAAGACAGAUGGUCUUUUAUUCUGGUGCCCCCAAACAACUUAUUUCAAAUCUGCAAGAAUCAGAAAGGCAAGUUUACGUUGUCCUCUCCAUAUGACAGCUUCUGCCCCCUUGUUUGUGCCGCUGUGCACUGUCUGUGAGGCAAUACAUGGGAUCACUUGAAACACUUAAGAAUGAUACAUAAUCCAUAUGGAUACACACAUCACCAUACUAUAAUUGUCAGACACGCACCACGCUAGCACCACCACUGACUUCAC